AUGUCUGCGCGCCAGCAGCCGCCAUGGCGCCAACCGCCCUCGAAUCCAGACGUCAACCUCCCUCCCUUGAACGUGUGGAACUCUCUCACCAAAUCCAAAACACCGUUCAUCCCAAUCGACCCAGCGGGCAAAAAGGUUAAUUGGUACGCCUGCGGACCGACGGUGUACGACGAUUCGCAUCUGGGCCAUGCCAGGAACUAUGUGACCACCGAUAUCAUUCGGCGCAUCAUGCGCGACUACUUCAAGUUUGAUGUUCAUUUUGUUAUGAAUAUUACCGAUGUGGAUGAUAAGAUUAUUCUCCGCGGUAGACAACAGCAUCUAUUCAACGAAUUCGUGGCCGUGAACCCCACCGUCUCCGCCGCUGUUUUGGACACUGCGAAAAGUGCAUACACCGCCUACCUGAAGAAAAACCUGCCUCUCCUCUCCCCCGAUCUGGCUCCGUCUCGCUAUCAAGAAGAAGUCGAAAAGGUGUACGCAGUCGUUUUGAAUGGUGGCGCAUUACCAGGGAAUGAGAAGCCGGGUGACGAUGAGGCCAAGGUUAAGAUGCAUAUCAAGACGGCUGCGUCGGCCGCCGAGGUGAUUGCGCAGGCUGGAACUCUCGGUGACUCAACCGACACUACUGCGUUCGCCAAGUCUUUCUAUUCCGGAACGCAGGAUAUCCUGCUGCCUUACUUGGAUGCUCUGAAGGGCACCUCGAUCGACGCGAACGACCACAGUAUCUUCACCAAGUUGACGAAGAAAUACGAAGCAAGCUUCAUGAAGGACAUGCGCGACCUCAACGUUCUCGACCCAGACGAGCUGACUCGCGUGACGGAGUAUGGUGAUGAAAUAGCUGAUUUCGUGGAGCGCAUCGUGCAGAACAAAUUUGGAUAUGUCACGGCUGAUGGAUCGGUGUAUUUCGAUAUUGAUGCCUUCGAAGCGGCGGGUCAUCCGUACGCGCGGCUUGAGCCAUGGAGCCGUUCCGACAACAAGCUAGCCGCAGAGGGGGAGGGUGCAUUGGCCAGCAAGACCACCGAAAAGCGCGGAGCUUCCGAUUUUGCGCUCUGGAAGUCUUCGAAGCCAGGGGAGCCGAGCUGGUCCAGCUCCUGGGGCAAGGGCCGUCCCGGUUGGCAUAUUGAGUGCUCAGCCAUGGCGUCAGCCCGACUGGGCAAGCAGAUGGAUAUCCACUCUGGAGGCAUUGACCUUGCAUUCCCGCAUCACGAUAAUGAAUUGGCUCAGAGCGAGGCUUACUGGGAUGACCAUAGCCACUCGCACGACCAGUGGGUCAACUAUUUCUUGCACAUGGGCCACUUGUCCAUCCAAGGGUCUAAGAUGUCGAAGUCCUUGAAGAACUUCACUACUAUUCGCGAGGCGCUUGGGCGAAACGAUUGGACAUCGCGCAGUCUGCGGAUUGUGUUCCUUCUGGGCGGCUGGAGAGAUGGUGUCGAGAUCACAGAAGAGCUGGUGAACUUUGGCAACUCGUGGGAGGACAAGGUGAACAAUUUCUUCCUGAAAGUGAGGGAUCUUGAAGCCCUUCAGGGACACGCAUCCGGCACCGACAGCACCCUUGCUGCUGAUUUGAAAGCAGCCCAGAAGGCUGUGUACGAACAGCUCUGCGAUUCGUUCAAUACUCCCGCUGCGAUGCAAUCAAUUUCGGAGUUUAUCACAAAGUACAACUCUGCCGAUAAAUCCACCUUGAAUCUCAAGGAUGUGGAGGCUGCUGCUAGGUGGGUGACGUCUAUGGUCAACAUCUUUGGCCUCAAUGGUACCGCCGCUGCGGACAGUCCCGAGAUUGGCUGGUCGGGCAUCGAUGUCCCCCAAGAGGCCAAGCCUUUCCUCUACCCGCUUUCUUCCAUGCGCGACACCUUACGACUGGCCGCACGCGAUAAAGCCGGUAUCAGCUCCAAGGAAAUCGAGGAGGUUCUCGCUCGUGAUUCUGCACCUGCAGCCGAGUCCGAGAUCGCGAAACCCUACGCAGCGGUCUAUUCCAAUUUCCGCACAAAUGUCAGCGCCCUGCAAUCAUCCGAUUCCAUCGCCAAAGAAGUCCUGGCCCUGUGCGAUCGCGUGCGAAACGUCGACCUCUUCGAUCUCGGCGUUUACCUCGAAGACCGCGACAACCUCCCCGCCCUGGUGCGGCCAGUGACCCGCGAGAUGCUUCAAGCGCGUGAGGAAAAGGCCGCACGAGCCCGCCAAAAGCAAAUGGAGAGACAGAAGCAGGAGCAGGAGGCCCUCAAGCGGCUGGAGAAAGGCAAGCUAAGUCACCUCGAGAUGUUCAGGACGAAUGAGUACAGCGCGUGGGACACAGAUGGUAUUCCGACGCACGAUGCUGCCGGUGAGGAGAUCACUAAGAGCCGGGCGAAGAAGCUGCGCAAGGAUUGGGACCGGCAGAAGAAGGCGCAUGAGGCAUGGUUGGCUAUCCGGCUAACGUGCCUUGUUCGUGACGAGUCCGGCACACCUUACCGCUACAGCAUGGCUACUCCGUCCGGCCUCGAUUACAUGCGUUCCCGCACAGUGGUCGACUGUGACACGAUGGACGAGGAGGUGGCUAAGACCCUGGGACCCUUCCAGGACUGCACAUCGAACCAAGCCAUUGCCUUCGGCGAGCUGUCCAAACCAGCUCGUAACGAAGUGAUUAUUGCCGCUGUGGCAGACGCAAAGAUACUGCAUUCUAAAUACUCCUCGAUCAGUGUUGAAGAAUUAGCCGUGGAGAUUGCUAUGGUUCGGCUAGCUGUGGGUAUGUCCAAACAUAUCUAUGGACGCGUCCAUGUGCAGACGAAUCCAUAUUACUCAUAUUCAACUGAGAAGACCGUCGUCAAUGCCCUGCGAAUUGUCCAGCUAUUUCAAUACAUCCAGCCUGACUUUGACGUCUCCCGCAUCGCUAUCAAGAUCCCAAGCACCUGGGAAGGCAUGAUGGCGUGCCGCACCCUCGAGCUAGCCGGCGUGCGCACGCUAGCAACCACUUUGUUCAGCAUGGCCCAGGCAGUGCUAGCAGCUGAAGUGGGCUGCACGUAUAUUGCACCUUAUGUCAACGAGCUGAAGGUGCAAUUUGAUACGAGUCUGGUCGACAAGGCAAAACUGCUUCCACUCUGUGUUGCUAUUCAGAAGUACUACAAAUACAUAAAUGCAACCACAAAGGUCCUACCGGCGAGCCUGACCUCGACAGAGGAGAUCUACUCUCUCGCUGGCGUAGACCAUCUCACUAUCGCCCCCCACCUCCUGGCGCAAUUGACAGAGCCUGCCCCCACUGGUACCAAUUCGUUGUUCGACGAGGCACCUACAGUGCCCAUUCGAGAAACUGACACGUCUUUUCUUAAUGAUCCCGCCAAAUUUCAAAUUGUAUUUGUCCGAGAUUUGUUUGGGGCGAGUCAUAUCAAGUUGACUGAGGCCGUCAAUAUUUUCUGCGAUUUCCAGAUUAAAUUGGAACAGAUGAUGAAAGUUGCGGCCGCGUAA